UGCCAUCAGAUAAAUGUGUCUGAAAUAGGCAUCCGCGUCCUUCCUUGACUAGUUGCUUUCUCAAACUGCCCUUCAUUAAUCCUUCGUCUUCUUCGGCUUCACCUCAACUUUCUAAUGGAGACAGAAGGGGAUAAUAAGGUGAGAAAAGUGAUACUGACGAAGCCUUUUUCACUGGAAGCAGAAGCUAAUAAUGAUUAUUCAGCUCCCAAUCUUCUCCACCGCAUCUUGUCUCUUUUCUCUCAUGUCCGCCCUGGAUCCGACCUCUCUCAUUUCCAGCUACCAGCAGCGUUCAACUUCCCAAAGUCGUGCCUGCAGUGUUAUGGGGAAGAGAUAUACUCUACGGCAACGGACUUGCUGGGGAAAUGCAACGGUGGAGAGAGCCCAUUGGCAAGGUUUAUAAAUGUGGUCGCUUGGGCCAUUUCUACCACGCGUCCUCUUGUGAUUGGAGAUACUCCUUACAAUCCCAUUCUCGGUGAAACUCACCAUGUGUCUCGCUCCUCUCUUCAUCUUUUAGCCGAGCAGGUAUCACACCACCCUCCAGUAUCAGCCCUCCAUGCAACUGACGAGAAGGAAAACAUAGAAAUUAUAUGGUGCCACCAAGCCAUUCCAAAGUUUCAUGGGACUUCAGUGGAAGUUAAAGUGGUGGGCAAAAGGACGUUAAAACUGAUGAAGCAUGGAGAAACUUAUGAGAUGAAUUUUCCAAAUGUCUCUCUUAGAUUCCUUCCGUUCCUUAGAAUUGAUUGGGUUGGCAAUGUUAGUGUACGAUGCAAAGAGACAGGAUUUGUGGCUGAUUUAUGUUACAAGAGUCGGUCUUUCUUAGGUUUCAAGGCAAAUCACAGAUCCGUGAAAGGGAAGAUUCUUGACUCUUCGUCUUCCAAAGUUUUGUAUGAUCUUGAUGGCCAUUGGGAUAGAACUAUAGCAAUUAAGGAUAAAAAUAAUGGGAGAGUUCAAGUAAUCCAUAAUGCAAAUGAAGUCAUUUCAGGCCUCCAAGCCCCUAUUGUCAAGAAUUUGAAGAGUGUGUGGCCGACCGAAUCAGCGGCUGUGUGGAGUGAAGUUAGUGAAGCCCUAAUGAGAGGAGAGUGGGACAAAGCAAGUGAAGCCAAGAAACGUGUUGAAGAAACACAAAGAGAGCUCCUCAAAGAGAGAGAAUCAAGAGGACAAACAUGGACACCUAAGCAUUUCACUCUUUCUCGUACUGAAGAAGGUUCUUGGGAAUGUUUUCCUCUUCAACAGUGGGUCCCUCCUGCCCCCAUCAUUGCACUCUAGCUUCUGUCUUUGACUGAAAACUAAGGUAUGGUUAAUUGGAAAAAGAGAUAUUGUGAGAAUCAUAUAUCAUCUCGUAUCUACUUAAUUUCAUCAUGUAUGAUUUAAUCUAUUUCAUCAAAGGAUAUAUAUCAUCAUGCAUGCGCAUGGCGACUAUAGAGACGAUGGUGGCGAUCAUUGUACUUCAUUUUUAAAAUAAUUGUGG